AUGGUUGUUAAGUAUGCCGUCAACUGGGUCAACACAAUUCUUUCACAUACCUUUGACAAUACUGGUAACAACGAGAUCGUUUCUGAAACCGGCCCAGGCAACAAAAUAAUCCUGAUUGCAGUCCAAGACGAGGGUUUACGCUAUCUUGAAAAAGCUUUUGAUGCUCUGACGAGAAUUGGUGGCUAUGACGUGAGCUCUCUCGAAUUCCGCGGAUCAUACGCUCUCAUUGGAUAUCUGAGAGAAAAGAAGCCAUCUUAUGUUAAACAAAUACAGAGGAAGAGAGGCCAAGGACCAAGCGUGAUCUCCGCGACGGUUCCACUCACGACGAAUCCUUUUGUAGAUAUCGAUAUCCGCAGCGAAGGUUGCGACGAUCCGAAAAAGACACCAGACACGUGCGGUAUCGCUUACAUUAGAGUAGAUGGAAAGGACCACUCCCGUCACCGCAGAGGACAUAAUGUUGUUAUUGUGGACCGCAAAACAGCUAAAGUGCUUUCAUCAGAAGCCUUCGAUACUCAUGGAGAUGGGUCAGCUGGCACUCGUCUAAGAGAUUUUCUCAACGCACAGGGAGCGGAUAAAUUAGUCUUGAUCGGCGUGCAGGAUUCGGCCUCUUCGCACGUAGGAGUAGCUCUAGACGCUAUUAGAAGGCUUGGCGCUGCUGAUCCUAUCCUGGUGGACUUCCGAGGAUCAUUUGCUCUGAUUGGAACACCGGAUGCAAGUAAACCUCCAUGGAUUGCACAGGAUCAGCACCACAGAUACAAAGGACCGAGCGAGAUUUCUAAAAGAAUUCCUCUCUCAGACUGUCAGAAGGCACUUGGGAUGGAAAAUUAUGGAAUACCCAAUGGACAAGUGCAAGCAUCUUCUGAAUGGGACCCCAAUCAUGCAGCUAUUCAGGGACGACUCCAUUACAAACCACCUAGGGGCAAACAAGGAGCAUGGUCAGCACGAUAUAACAAUGUAAAUCAGUGGCUUCAAGUUGAUCUGGGGACUGAGUUCACCAAGGUGACGGGUGUCGCAACUCAAGGAAGAUACAAUUAUAACCAGUGGGUGACGAAGUACAAGCUGCAAUACAGUUAUGAUCGUGCUACCUUCACCUACUACAAAGAGCCUGGACAAACUGCAGACAAGGUAUUCGAUGGAAACAUGGACCAGAACACAGUUGUUUAUCAUUUCCUUAACGCACCAAUUAAGGCUCGUUAUAUCCGUUUUCGACCAGUGACUUGGUCAGGGCAUAUCUCAAUGAGAGUCGAGUUGUAUGGUUGCCCAGCUUGUGGAGAAGCUCUGGGCAUGGCAAGUUAUGCAAUUUCUAAUGGACAAGUGAGAGCUUCCUCGGAAUGGGACCCCAAUCAUGCUGCCAUCCAGGGACGACUUUAUUACAUACCUCCUUCAGGAAAGCAAGGAGGUUGGUCAGCUCGAUAUAAUAAUGCUGAUCAAUGGCUUCAAAUUGAUCUGGGUGCGUUGUUCAGAGUGACGGGUGUUGCAACUCAAGGAAGAUCCAACAACAACCAGUGGGUGACGAAGUACAAGCUGCAAUACAGUGAUGAUGGUGUCACCUUUACUUACUACAUGGAGGCAGGGCAGAGUGCAGCCAAGGAAUUUCUUGCGAACAAAGAUCGCAAUACUAUUGUGUAUCAUUCACUAAAUCCACCGAAGACGACACGUUUUAUCCGGUUCCACCCGGUCACCUGGACCAACCACAUAUCAAUGAGGGCAGAGGUGUAUGGAUGUCCAGAUUGUGGAGAAGCUCUGGGCAUGGCAAGUUACGCAAUUCCCAAUGGGCAAGUAAGAGCUUCCUCGGAAUGGGACCCCAAUCAUGCCGCCAUUCAGGGACGACUUCACUACAUACCUCCUCCAGGCAAACAAGGAGGUUGGUCAGCUCGAUACAAUGAUGCUAAUCAAUGGCUUCAAAUUGAUCUGGGUGCGUUGUUCAGAGUGACAGGGGUCGCCACUCAAGGAAGACACAACCACGAUCAGUGGGUGACGAAAUACAAGCUGCAAUACAGCGAUGAUGGUGUCACCUUUACUUCCUACAUGGAGGCAGGAAAGAGUGCAGCCAAGGAAUUUGUUGCAAACAAAGACCAGAAUACCAUUGUUCAUCAUUCACUUAAUCCACCAAAAAUGACACGUUUUAUCCGGUUCCUCCCAGUCUCCUGGAAUAACCAUAUAUCAAUGAGAACAGAGGUGUAUGGAUGUCGAGUUGUAGAUAUGUGUUCACAGAAUCCAUGCAAGAACGGAGCUACCUGCAGCAAUGUCGAGGGAGGUUAUCAAUGUGCUUGUAAACCUGGUUAUUCUGGAACCAACUGCGAUCAAGGUGAAACUGUAGCUCUAUAUAACAAUGGAAUGAAAAUUGUUCAGAAAAUGGGUAGCGCGUACGGACGAAGGUUGUCUUUGAAAGAUCGUAAUUACAUUCAGAGAGUUAAAUGUUUGGAAGAUGGUCUCGAACCAAACUUUGUUCGUCUACUUGCAGCUGGUUCUUUACGAGAAUUUGUUGCAAACAAAGACCAGAAUACCAUUGUUUAUCAUUCACUUAAUCCACCAAAAAUGACACGUUUUAUCCGGUUCCGCCCAGUCUCCUGGAAUAAACACAUAUCAAUGAGAACAGAGGUGUAUGGAUGUCCAGUUGUAGAUAUGUGUUCACAAAAUCCGUGCAAGAACGGAGCUACCUGCAGCAAUGUCGAGGGAGGUUAUCAAUGUGCUUGUAAACCUGGUUAUUCUGGAACCAACUGCGAUCAAGAUAUAAACGAGUGCUCGAACAGCCCGUGCAAGAACGGGGCCACCUGCGUCAAUCUUCAGGGAAGUUAUCGCUGUGAUUGUAAAUCUGGAUUCAGUGGGAACAACUGUGAAAAUGAUGUCAACGAAUGCACAAAUAACCCCUGCAAAAAUGGAGCUACUUGUGUCAAUCUUUCAGGAGGUCAUCGCUGUGACUGCGCAAAAGGUUAUUCAGGGAUUUCUUGCGAAACAGAUAUCAACGAAUGUGUUCCGGAUCCUUGUUUGAACGGUGGCACCUGUGUUGAUCUUGUUAAUGGCUUCCGUUGUGAUUGCGCGACCGGAUGGCUUGGUAAUACCUGCAAUGAACCAGAGCUGGAUGAGUGCGAAGAAUUAGUUGAGGAGAAACAAAGAUGGGUUGAUCUCAACCAAAAUGUAAGGACUGACAGGCAGAAACAAUUUGAACUGUAUUACAUAGUCAGAAAAAUAAAGUUGCAUUCUGGAAUGUUAAUUUCUCAAAACAAAGGAAUCGAAGUCAACUUUAAAGUCAAGAUGAAGGUUUUCUUGUAUUGCUUGGUCUCUUUGAUGAUGACCGACUUGUGCUGGAGCCAGUGUAGAACAGCAAACUGGUGGGGCUCGUUUGACAAACAGGGAUGGUCCAAGUGUGGAUCUACUAUUGAAUAUCUGAAAGGAUUUUAUAGAAAUAACAAAAACAAAAACGACCCGAUUUAUUUGCUCGAAGAAGGAAGAUGCUGUAGGGCACCUCCACCAAAUCAAAACCGAGCGUCUACUUGUAAAAAGGCAAACUGGUGGGGUUCAUUGGACAAGAAUAAUCUAUGGUCCGUUUGUCCAACUGGGUAUUUUUUGCAAGGGCUGUACCGCAGCAAAAACCACAACCUUCACAACAUAGAGGAGGGCCAAUGCUGUAAGCCCAACAACCUACCAAGUAGCUACAUGCGCUGUUAUGACCAUGACGUCUCCUCUUCAUUUGACAACAAAGGUUGGAGUGAGUGCGAUAGCGACCAUUACUUGACGGGCGUUUACAGAGGAGGCUGCGAUAAGUUGUAUUGUAUCGAAAAAUUCAAAUGCUGCAUGAUGCACGAUGGCUGCAAGAUGGUAAAUUGGUGGAAAGCUUUUGACAAAAAGGGCUGGGUCCAAUGUGAUUCAACAAAACAUUACAUCACUGGACUAUAUCGGAAUAAUAAUUGGGGAAAAAAAGAUAAGAUCUUCUUAAUAGAGGAAGCAAAGUGCUGCCCAGCUCCUGCUCCGUUUCAAAACACGGGAUCGACUUGCAGAGAUGCAAACUGGUGGGGUGUUCUCGAUAAAACGAACUCGUGGGCUGUGUGUCCUGCUGGUUAUUUCGUGAGAGGUCUUUACCGAAAUAACGAUGCUUGGUUGCAUCACCUCGAGAUGGGAAAAUGCUGUAAACCAAAUGGUUUUCCAGAUAGAUAUGAACACUGCUACAAUGAGAAUGUCGGAAGAUCGUUUGACAUAAGAGGCCUCAGCAAGUGUCAGAGAGAAGGUUACUAUUUGGCCGGAAUUUUCAGAGGAGGAUGUGACUAUUUGCACUGUAUCGAAUAUUUCAAGUGCUGCAAGAUGAAUGUGGAUGAGUGCAGAAUCAAGAAUCCUUGUCAAAACGGUGCAAAGUGUUCCGAUCAACCGGGAACGUACAAGUGUACCUGUAAAUCUGGAUUUACAGGGAAGAACUGCGAGGCUGACAUAAAUGAAUGCUCGAAAAGUCCAUGCAAAAACGGAGCUAAAUGUGUAAAUCUUAAAGGAAGUUAUCGCUGUGAAUGCAAAUCUGGAUACACUGGAAAGAACUGCAAAACAGAUGUAAACGAGUGCGCAAAUAAUCCUUGCAAGAACGGAGGGAAAUGUGUCAAUCUUAAGGGAAGUUAUCGCUGUGACUGUCAAUCUGGUUACAAUGGAAAUCUCUGCGAAUCAGAUGUUAAUGAAUGCAGUAACAGUCCAUGCAAAAACGGGGGUACAUGUGUUAAUCUCCAGGGAGGUCAUCGUUGUGAUUGUAAAACUGGAUACACGGGAAGCAGCUGUGAAUCAGAUAUAAACGAGUGCUCCAACAGUCCAUGUAAGAACGGCGCCAACUGUGGCAACCUCCAAGGAAGCUAUCGGUGUGAUUGUGCUUCUGGAUAUUUUGGAAACAACUGUGAGACAGAUGUUAAUGAGUGCAGUAAGAAUCCUUGCAAAAACGGGGCAACAUGUGUAAAUCUUCAAGGAAGUCAUCGGUGUGAUUGUAAAACUGGAUAUACGGGAAGCAGCUGUGAAUCAGAUGUAAACGAAUGCUCCAACAAUCCAUGUAAGAACGGAGCCACCUGUGUCAACCUCCUGGGAAGCUAUCGCUGUGAUUGUCAAACUGGAUAUAGUGGAAACAACUGUGAAACGGAUGUUGAUGAAUGCUCGAACAGUCCAUGCCUAAAUGGAGCUACCUGUACCAACCUUCAGGGAAGCUAUCGCUGCGACUGCCAGACUGGCUACAAUGGAAACCAUUGCGAAACAAACAUCAACGAGUGUACACCGGCACCAUGCCAAAAUGGAGGUACGUGCGUGGAUCUCGUUGGAAGCUACCGCUGUGAUUGCCCAGCGGAGUUCGAUGGAGCAAACUGUGAGAGCGCAAUAGAAAACCAGAUAGAUGAGUGCGAAAUGUAAAGUGGAUAUUCUCAGCGAAAGGCAUACACAGGAAUGAUCUUAGACUUAGGUGGAGGAUAUAGGGCAAGUGAUCUCUUUUUCAGCACUAUCAAAAACUUGUAUCAUGUCAACAAUAAAAUGGCUUUUGAAAUCA